AGAAAAGUCGCCAACUAGAGAGAGCCUUCAAGAACCUUCUUCCACCUUCUGCAACAUGCCAGCAUCCACAGUAAGACUACCUAAGUAUUAUAGAUAGGCCAACUAUAACCCAAAACAGAAAAAGAGAAAGAAGAAAGAAAAAAAAAAAUCUUAUUAUUGAGAGAGAGAGAGAGAGAGAGAGAGAUGGGGAAGGCACGUAGUGUUGGCAUAGGCAUGGAUUAUUCUGCAACAAGCAAAUCGGCCCUACGAUGGGCAGUCGAUAAUCUGAUAGAAGAAGGAGAUCGCAUCAUAUUAAUCCAUGUUGAGCCUCCCAAAGCUACCAAUACCAGAAAGCAGCUGUUCGAGGACACUGGAUCACCUUUGAUUCCUCUGGAAGAAUUUGUAGAGACUAAUGUCUCAAAGCAGUAUGGACUUACUAGCGAUCCGGAGGUUCUUGAUAUUCUUGAUACAGUUUCUAGGACUAAAAGGGCUAAGGUUGUGGCCAAGGUUUACUGGGGUGAUCCAAGGGAGAAGUUGUGUGAUGCUGUGCAAGAUCUCAAGCUUGAUUCGCUUGUUGUUGGAAGCAGGGGCUUAGGCCUCAUUAAAAGGGUGUUGCUUGGCAGUGUUAGCAACUAUGUGGUGACUAAUGCUUCAUGUCCAGUUACAGUGGUGAAGGGCACGCCAUCAUCCAAACCCUGAAUCGUGCCCAUUUCAUCAUACCUAAAAGCUUAGGUCUCUAUCUGCAAAGGAGGAGUACUUGUGCACUGGAAACUUCAAGCGAUAUAAGGCCUUAGAUGUGUUCUUUUUCUUUUGUUAUUUUAGUUGUUUUUAUUUUCUAUUUUUUGGAUCGAUGGGAGUGGACUUUAUGAUUGUUCAUCUUUAUUUAUGC